AUGGGUUGCGUAUUGGGCCAGCAUGAUGAGACUGGGAAGAAAGAAAGGGCCAUUUAUUACCUUAGUAAGAAGUUCACAGAUUAUGAGUCUAAGUACUCUGAUCUGGAAAAAACAUGUUGCGCUUUGGUAUGGACGGUCAGUAGGCUGAGGCAAUACACCUUGUAUUACUCCACCUGGCUGAUCUCCAAAAUGGACCCAAUCAAGUACGUGUUUGAAAAGCCCGCAGUAACUGGACGAGUAGUACGAUGGCAGAUGUUGUUGACGGAAUAUGAUAUUUCUUAUGUCACCAGGAAAGCUAUCAAAGGUAGUGUCAUUGCCGAAUACCUAGCUGAAAGAGCCGUGGAGGAUUACCAACCUAUGGAGUUCGAAUUCCCAGACCACGAUAUAGACUCCCUAACCCAAGAGGAAGAAGACUUCGAAGAAUGGAGGAUGUUGUUUGAUGGGGCAUUCAAUGUUUGGGGACAUGGGAUAGGCGCAGUGCUCAUAUCACCAGAUGGGAAACAUUAUCCGAUGACCGCUUUAGAUCGGGGUGUCAAGAGAAUAAUAGUAAGAGGAGACUCGGCCUUAGUCAUCCACCAGCUAACCAGAGAAUGGGAAACUCGUGAUUCCAAGUUGGUACCGUAUCGAGAGUACAUUCAAAAGAUGAUAGAAGGGUUUGACAGUAUCAGUUUCUCUCACACGCCAAGAGAAAACAAUGUAAUGUCUGAUGCACUAGUCACACUGGCAGCUUUAUUCAAUGUAGAAGAAGGGGUGAAGAUCGAAGCUAUUCAUAUCAGAGUACAACCCGAACCUACCCACUGCACGGUGAUAGAGGAGGCCGACGGAAAACCGUGGUUUUAUGAUAUCAAAACCUACAUCCAGAAAAAUGAGUAUCCCGAAGGGGCAUCCAGUAACGAUCGGAGGACUAUUAGAAGGUUGGCCAUGGGUUUCUUCUUAGAUGGUGAAGUUUUGUACAAAAGAAAUCAUAACAUGACCCUUCUACGGUAUGUAGAGGCACAAGAAGCUCGACAAGUCAUGCGUGAGGUUCACGAGGGAGUCUACGGUACCCAUGCUGGAAGCCACUCAUUGGCAUUAAAAAUACUUAGGAGCGGGUAUUAUUGGAUGACCAUGGAGAGAGAUUGCAUUGACUACGCCUGA